GGAAGGUUGGUAUUAGUAAUAGUACGUAGCCGAUUAGUCACCUGAUCGUGUCGCGUUUGUUUGAACCGCGACUGACCGCGAUUGUCACGGGUAAUAGUUGUCACGCCCCUGCUCCUUCUCGACGCCUUUGAAGCCCGCCCAACUAUUUCCCUUACAUAUCUAUACCCUCUUCUUUCUUUCUUGUGAUUUGUUGAAUGGUUGUUAGCAAGGAUAAACUGAGCAGGCGCAAGUCGAUUGCAGUCCCAACCCAAUCCUCAAGCUCAAGUCUCAGACCCACCGACAUCAGAAGGAAACGUAGGGCACAUAGCAUUGCUCCAGGUAAGAUCAUCAGUCCUUUAUCUAGGUCACGGUUAUCUCUGGGACCCGUGAAAGGUAUCCUGAAGGGUGUGAGGCGAAAGUCGAGCGAAUCACAGAAUCAUGACGAUCGUAACGCAACGCAGUCCAUGGAUCUGACGAAUCAAGAUAACUCCUCGUCCCAACCGAGUCGACAAUCGCUUGCGGCCCGUCGUGUCAGUUUCUCCUCCACAGCACGUGUCCGAUUGUUUACUGGUUCCAAGCCUGGCUCAAGCACGUUUGAACCAGCCGACUCUUCAGGGGAAGCGCAAUCUUCGGAUGACCCCGCCUCCAGCUCUCCGCAGAAACCAGCCUUGGUGAACGAUGAGAAUGCUUAUCCUGCUGCCUCGGGUCGCAACAGAAAGUCGAUUCGGUUUUCCGUUGCCGAAAGUGAUAUGGACCUCACAUCCGCUAAUGCAGGAGCCUUAUUACAGGACCCGGAAGCCGAAUCUGCUCUGAUGGAUGAAGAAAUGGAUUUUGACGACGAUGACAUGGACGUCACUCGAGUUCAUGGGAAUGUCUUUCGAAAGCGAUCGCUAUCAGCUCACGUUCGUGCGCCACUGACCCAACUGUCCUCGAAUCCACUGGGCGAACCCUCCUCGGAUGAUCCCUCAAGAUCAGAUGAUACUUCUCAAUCUUUUGCCUCGGAGCGGUCCAUUAACAGCGAAAGCGACCAAUCUGGAAUGGAAUUCACUGUUCCUCUCAAUCAAGCCCUGCGUCCACCUCAGCACAACGAAGCUUGGGUUGCAUUAGUACAGGCGACUCACUCGGGCGCCGCCCAAGCUCCAUCCUCUGAUAACAGUAUGGAGGAUAUGGAGGUUGACAGUCCGGUUAAGUCGAAGCAUAUUGAAGACGAUUCCAUAUCCGAUGGGAGUUUCAAUACCGGUUUUGAAGAUGGAGAUGAAACUAUCAACGUUAGUAAAGUGCUGGGAAGAUUUAGUUUUGGUGAUAUGGGAAGGAGAGAAAGUAUAGCGUACUCCGAUAUGGCGUACUUGGAUUCCGCCAUGGAUGAGGACUCCGAGAUCUAUGGAAACAUAACCGGAAUCGCGGCUACCUCUACUCCUCGACCAAGUGCAGUUGUGCCACCAUCUUCCGAUCCUCUAGAACCAGAGCCUGUAGAUCGAACAGAUCCACCCCUUGAAUCCAAUAUCCCACCACCCACAGUAUUUUCCCGCCCCACCGAGCAACCGUCCACUGCGCCUUCUACCAGACCCGGGUCACCUAAAAAAUCCACUUUUACUCCCAAAUCACCGGCUAAGCUAACGGCCAAAGGCUUCUCUGCUGCCUUUGCACCCCCAGUUACCAAACCCGUUCCCAGAAAGUCUUUGUCAUCAUCCACCCAGCAGAUUAACAAACCAGAAAAACGCCCUCACGACGUUGGUUCCACACCACCGAGUCCAGCAAAACGUCAAGCUCUCGCUACCAAAUGGAGGUUUUCUGUUUCUACCUCCCCCCAACAAGGCUCUGCGAGCUUUUCCGCCGAGCAACCUCGGCCUCUCUCCCCCAGUAAAAAAGCUGCAUUUCAAUCACCUAUCGCGUCACAGACUCUACAGGGUGCCACUGCUUCCUUAACACAGAAGCCAGUUUCCUCGAUCAGACGUCCCUCUGGAUACCUGGCUAGGCGGAAGAGCCUAGGUAUAGGUCUCGGAGCAACUGCAUCGGCCGAGGAUAUCUCUUCUACGGUCAAUCGAACAUCUCCGAAGAAACCAAAAGCUGGGAUAGGACUUGGAAGGGCUAGCGUGGGAUCAGGGCCCUCUGAUGCAUGGAAAAGGUUCGACAAGGAUACGGUUACUCAGGCAGGUGGUUUCCCCAAUAGUAAAGGGAAAGAGAGAGCCGCUAAGCCUCCUGAGAUAACUGUUACGCCUGCCCAGGAGUCGCUUGCUGACCCACACGAACCUCCAGAAGAUGUCGCAAUGGCCUUGGAACAGGAGCCUACGACAACACAAGUAUUGGAUCUCUCUACUUUGUUAGAGGACGAUGGAUUCGGUGACGAAGAAAGGGAGAGUCCACAAGAAGGUGGCUUACGAGCGACCGAGCAUUGGAGGGAGGAAGUUCCUCAAGAAGGUUAUGUUGAGGAAGAUAUUCCGCCCAUAUCCAUUGAACGGUUCUUCGAGAUGACCGACAUUAAAUUCAUGGACGAGAUCACCGUACCACGGAAAUCUAUCCAUCCUGAGCUGCGUCGCAAUCCAAGGCCAUUUACGGAAGUCCCCCUCGCAGAAUAUGCCGUGGCAAUGGGUGUUGAUGUACCCAGGCUUGUGCUGUACUCUCGUGUUGCGAGAGACCUUGAGGGUUGGUUGGAGAAGAGCAAGUGGAAUUUCAAGGAAGCGGAAACAGAAGCUGCACAGAUGACGCCUGAGCUGUUUAUCGAGUAUGCUCGAUCCGAUGAAGAAGGACAGGCAGAACUUCGCCACCAAUUGAAUCUCAUCAAAACGAACACAAGGCUGUUAGCCAAGUCAGACUGGAUCCAAUGGAAGCUCCAAUGGGUCGAGAGCCUACGCGUUACAGCACAGGAGGUUUUCACCAAUUUGGAAAAUGAUGCAAAAGCCCUUGAGAAACUCAAGGCUCAGGCUGACGGAAUCGUCCCUGCUUUGCAGGAGGAGUAUGACGAGAUCAUGCGUGAACUGGAGGAAGAACAGCAGGAAAUUUCCGAGAUCGAACAAUGCGAUCAAGGAUAUCUUAACGAGUUGAAGGCUUCGAUUGCAGAACAGAGCCUUGAGCUCGACUCUUUGAAGAAUGAUCUCAAGGAAAACAACGACCAGUUGCAGUGGGUACAAGGUCGUCUUGAAGAACUGGAAUCCCAGAAAGAAGAGACUCUCGCCGCAAUAGCAAAAGCAGACAGGUAUAUGAACAUCCAGAAGAAUAGUACGCAUUCGGAGGUUCUACGUCUGAAAGCUGAACUCGAAGCGCUCGAAAGCCUGCACAUGUUCAGGAUUUGUAAAGUCGACUCCAGACUUUUCGAGUAUGUGUAUGCUGAGCGUUUUCGCGUUACGAUACCUUGCAGCAACCACAUACCACUCGUCGACAAGGUGGAUAUCACGAGAACAUAUGACGCGCGAACAAAGGUCAAGGACGACUUCCCUCGAUUGAGUAGUAUUUUACUCGUCGGAGCCAAACAAAUUGUCCAUAGCCUCUCGCUUCAGAGCGCGAGCGACACAGUGUCUACUCGACUUAUCGUGCAAACACUUACCGACUACUGGUCAUCCUGUGCACAAAUUCGUGGGCAGUUACUUCACUUGUCGGUGAAGUAUCCAGUUGAAAUCGAGGCGAUUCAGGAGCACUUGGGAUUCAAAGCCCAUGCAGAAGUUCUAUUCCCUGCCGUCAAAGGGAAGGCCAUAUUGUCGUUCGUGUUCAGUAGCGAGACGUACGCUCAUUGGCCUGCCACUAUUAGGACUUUGGAAUGUGAAGUCAAAGUGGCAUAUGGGAAUCUGGAUGGACGAUCCCUUCUUGACUCCGUGAGGGGUAGGCUGAGUCAGGCCACCCCCUCGGACAAUUACGCCUGCUUAUUGGAUGCGUGCAUCGAAGCGCAAGAAGAACAUGGAGGAGGCUGAUUUAUUCGUUAUCUAUCUUACAUUUUAUCUCUAGGCAUGUUUUCUAAUUCGACCUAUGUAUCCUGAUCUCUUUCCUUGAAUGCAGAUUGUGGCUAUAACAGUUCUGUACAUUAUAUCUCAA